UUCGGUGCUUCUCGCUAGGGCUUGGGUGGCCUGGCGGAGCGUCGCCCACACACACAGCGAGCGAGCGACAGACCCGGGGGACGACAUCGAUCUCUUCGACCCCUUCGGAUCAUAGACCUCGUCCUGGGGAAAAUCGAACUAUUGAUCGUGAUCGUACCGCCAACCAAAAGAAGGAUUACCUCUACCUUUUCCCGUCAAGAAAGAGUAGUAUAGAACAUCAAGAUGGCUCGUGGACCUAAGAAGCACCUCAAGCGUUUGGCAGCUCCCUCCUCGUGGAUGCUCGACAAGUUGUCGGGUACCUACGCUCCCCGACCUUCUCCCGGUCCCCACAAGCUCCGAGAGUCCCUUCCCCUUACCAUCUUCCUCCGAAACCGUCUCAAGUACGCCUUGACCGGCCGUGAGGUUACCACCAUCAUGGCCCAGAGGACCAUCAAGGUCGAUGGCAAGGUCAGGACCGACGAGACUUACCCCGCCGGUUUCAUGGACGUCAUCUCGAUCGAGAGGUCUGGCGAGCACUUCCGUCUCCUUUACGACGUCAAGGGUCGAUUCACCAUCCACCGAAUCACCCCCGAGGAGGCUUCCUUCAAGCUCUUGAAGGUCAAGGCUCACCAGCUCGGACAAAAGGGUGUUCCUUACCUCAUCACCCACGAUGGACGAACCAUCCGAUACCCGGACCCCGCCAUCAAGGCCAACGACACCGUCAAGUUCGACUUGGUCAACAACAAGAUUGUCGACCACGUCAAGUUCGACGUCGGUAACGUUGUCAUGGUUACCGGAGGACGAAACAUGGGAAGGUCCGGUGUCAUUGUGCACAGGGAGAGGCACCAGGGUGGAUUCGACAUUGUCCACGUCAAGGAUGUUUUGGACAGGACCUUCGCUACUCGAUUGUCCAACAUUUUCGUCAUCGGUGAGGGUAACAAGCCCCUCGUCUCUUUGCCCAAGGGCAAGGGUGUCAAGCUUUCGAUUGCUGAGGAGCGUGACCAGCGACGAAGGCAGCGAGCUUCCGACGCCUAAGAAGGGGAAACACUUCUUUUCGGACUAGUUUGACGAGAGCGAGGUCUUUGUAGUAGCCUUUGUUUACAGAGACUUUGCAUCCUUUUGAUCGUAUCCGAUGUGUUUCAAUGAA